AUGUGCUCAGGACCUCGCAAGCCGUCCACCCCUCCUCUGCCGGCGGCGACGGCCAAGGACUCCUCGGUGAUGACGGCGGCGGCGGCGCUCCUGCUGGAGCUGGCGGCGGCGGACGACGUGGUGGCGUUCAGGCGCGCCGCGGAGGACGACAAAGCCCCGGCCUUGGACGCCGUGGCCCACUGGUACGGCCCGUCCGCCGCGGCCGCCGGCGGCCGCCUGCGCCUCGAGGCGCGCACGCCGGCCAUGGUCGCCGCGCUCUACGGCAGCACUUCGGUGCUGGCGUACGUGCUGUCGUCCGCGCCGGCAGAGGCUGCGCGCGCGUCGCCCACGGACGGCGCCACGCCGCUUCACCUCGCGGCGGCCGGCGGCGCCCCGGCCGCCGUCGCGGCCACGCACCUCCUCCUCGCCGCGGGCGCGUCCGCAGACGCGCUCGCCUUCUCGGGGCUCCGAGCCGGGGACCUCCUCCCGCGUGCCAACGCCGCCGCCGACAGGGACCGGGCGCUCCGCGUGCUCCUCAAGUCCCCUGCCGCGUCUUCGUCGUCCUCGCCCAAGAAGUCCGCCUCACCGCCGCCCCUCGCGGCGGCCGCGGCGCUGCCGGCGGAGCCGAGGAAGGAGUACCCGCCCGACCUCACGCUCCCGGACCUCAAGAGCGGGCUCUUCAGCACCGACGAGUUCCGCAUGUACAGUUUCAAGGUGAAGCCCUGCUCCCGCGCCUACUCCCACGACUGGACCGAGUGCCCCUUCGUGCACCCCGGCGAGAACGCGCGCCGCCGCGACCCGCGCCGCUACUCCUACAGCUGCGUCCCCUGCCCGGAGUUCCGCAAGGGCGGCGCCUGCCGCAAGGGCGACAACUGCGAGUACGCGCACGGCGUCUUCGAGUGCUGGCUCCACCCGGCGCAGUACCGGACGCGCCUCUGCAAGGACGAGGUCGGCUGCGCGAGGCGCAUCUGCUUCUUCGCGCACAAGCCUGAGGAGCUCCGUGCCGUGAACCCCUCCGCGGUCUCCGUCGGGAUGCAGCCCACCGUGUCGUCACCGCGCUCCUCGCCGCCCAACGGCCUCGACAUGGGCGGCGGUAUGCUCAACCCGGCCUGGCCCUCCUCCCCGGCCAGCAGGCUGAAGACCGCGCUCGCCGGCCGGGAGCUGGACUUCGACCUCGAGCUGCUCGCGCUCGACCAGUACCAGCAGAAGCUCUUCGACAAGGUGUCGUCUCCCAGGGCCAGCUGGGGCUCGGCCGGCGGGAUCGGCUCGCCGCUGCCCGCCGCGGCGCCCGCCAGGACCGUGCCGGACUACACGGACCUGCUCGGCUCCGUCGACCCGGCUAUGCUGUCCCAGCUGCACGCGCUGUCGCUCAAGCAGGCCGGCGACAUGCCGGCGUACAGCUCCAUGGCGGACACGCAGCUGCACAUGCCGACGUCGCCCAUGGUCGGCCCCAACACCGCGUUCGGGCUCGACCACUCCGCCAUGGCCAAGGCCAUCAUGAGCUCCCGCGCCUCGGCGUUCGCCAAGCGCAGCCAGAGCUUCAUCGACCGCGGCGGCCGCGCGCCGGCCACGCGCUCGCUCAUGUCGCAGCAGUCCACCACCGGCGCGCCGUCUAUGCUCUCCGACUGGGGAUCGCCGGGCGGCAAGCUGGACUGGGGCGUCCAGGGCGACGAGCUGCACAAGUUCCGCAAGUCCGCGUCUUUCGCGUUCCGCGGGCAAUCCCCGCCGCCCGUGCCGACCCCCGCCGAGCCAGACGUCUCGUGGGUGAACUCUCUUGUCAGGGACGGCCACGCCGGCGACAUAUUUGCGCAGUGGCCGGAGCAGGAGCAGAUGGUGGCCUAA